CUGUACCUGUCGCUCGGGCUUCCAGGGCUCCCGAUGUGAAGAAGUCGUUCCUGAGCAGGAGUACCACCCGCCUGGUGCUGCUGCCGCCUUCCAGCCCCCCACAAGCUCCCUCCGGAGGAGGACCAGCAUGGCAGGGUGGGAUGCCUCUCUGCGAGGGGCUCAGGCACCUGUCCCACGGCACGUCCCGGCUGUGAAUCAGAGGAGAAUUGGCUCUCCUGUCUCCUCCCAGCACAUAGGGCCAUCACGGACUGUCCGGCGCUACCCAGCCAGCAAUGGCCAUCUCACCUCUAAUUCACUCCCCAGUGGGAACGGACAUGAGCAGAGCAGCUCUGGCCCACACGCAGUUUCCCAGGAGCACACCUUGUCUGCAAGGGGGGCCAACCUGACAGAGAAGAUUAGGAAGAUAAAAAUUGUCUUCACACCCACCAUCUGCAAACAGACGUGCCAGAGCGGUCGCUGCUACAACAGCUGCGAGAAAGGAGACACCACCACUCUCUAUAGCCAAGGGGGGCACGACCAUGAUCCCAAGACUGGCUUCCGCAUCUAUUUCUGCCAGAUCCCCUGCCUGAAUGGAGGGCGCUGUGUGGGUCGGGACGAGUGUUGGUGUCCCUCCAACUCCACGGGGAAGUUUUGCCACCUUCCAGCUCCCUCUCUGGAAAAGAAGCAGGGAGGGAGAGCCCCAAAGACCCUGGCCAGCAGCUCCAUGAAGCACUCCACCUACACCCUGCCCUUGUCCAACCAGCUUGCUUCCCUAAACCCUUCCCUGGUGAAUGUCCACAUCAACCACCCUCCAGAAGCUACUGUGCAGAUUCACCAGGUGGCCAGGGUUCGGGGUGACGCAGACGUGUCGGAGGAGAACAGUGUGGAAGCGGUCCUGGUGCCUCAGCUGGCUGCUGUGCCCUGGUACACCUAUGCCCAUGGGAACGGUAACAGCAUUGCCACAGAGAACAGCCAGCAGCAACAGAGAGCCCCGGGGCUGCUGGGGAGGUGCUUUCGGGAGGCUGUCCAUGGGCAGUGCACCAACCCCCUGCCAGGGCUGACAAAGCUGGAGGACUGCUGUGGCAGCGUGGGGCUCUUUUGGGGUAUGGACCGGUGCCUGGCCUGCCCUCCCCGGCCAGCACACCUUGUGAUUGAGAAUGGGCAGGUGGAGUGUCCCCAGGGAUACAAGAGGCUGAACCGAAGUCACUGCCAAGAUAUCAAUGAGUGCUUGAUGAAGGGCCUGUGCAAAGAUGCCGAGUGUGUGAACACCCGUGGCAGCUUCCGCUGCACCUGCAAGCCUGGCACCAUGCUGGACCCAUCCCGUAGCCAUUGCAUCUCGGACAAAGCGGUGUCGAUGGAGCAGGGACUGUGUUACCGCUCAGCAGCUGGAGGUGUGUGCUCCUUCCCCCUCUCCCACCGCAUCACCCAGCAAAUCUGCUGCUGCAGCCGCGUCGGCAAGGGCUGGGGGAAGAACUGCGAGGAGUGCCCUGUGCCUGGCUCAGAAGCCUUCAAGGAGAUUUGCCCAGCAGGACAUGGCUACACCUACUCCAGCUCUGAUAUCCGCCUGUCGAUGAGGAAGGCAGAGGCAGAAGAGCUGCCCCUCAGCUUGGAAGAGCAAGGAGAGAGCAGCAACUGGACAUUGGACUGGGCGGCAAGGAGACAGCAACUGCAGUACAGCCUUCAUGGGAGUGCACUGGAGGCAUUCCCCCACCCUGGCACCUCAGCAGGAGAGGGUGAAGUUUCUCCUGCUGUUCAGGGCACUGCUGAUGCCACCGCUGAGCUCCCCACACACAGAGGAGAGGAAGAGGAGUCCUGGCACGGUCCUCCCCAGCCUGGCCCCAGCACCACCUGGGAUGCUGCUGCUCCAACACAGAUUCCAGCGCAGGGCUUGGGGGUUGGCAGCUGUGCCUCUUCACCUCUCUCCUGUGGAGCUGGCGCUUGUGUGCUUACCCUAGAGGGAUACAGCUGCUUGUGCCACCCCGGCUACACACUGGACCCCAGCCGCCUGCGCUGCAUUGAUGAAGAUGAGUGCCUGAAAGAUCCUUGUGCUGGAAAAGGUCACUGCAUCAACAGCGUGGGCUCCUAUUUGUGCCUCUGCUACUCUGGGUACACCCUGGCUGUCUCAGAGGGCAAGCAGAGCUGUGAGGAUCGAGAUGAAUGUGAGCAGCCCUCUACCUGCCGAGGACAGCGAUGCAUCAACACUCCUGGCUCCUACUUCUGCGAGUGCAAGGAGGGCUUUGCCAUGGGCCCCAGAGGACAGUGUGAAGAUGUCAACGAGUGUGUGGAUCCCAGCCCUUGCCGCAGCGGGAAGUGUGUCAAUACGCUGGGAUCCUACAAGUGUGUCAGCUGUGGGGAUGGCUACCGUCCCAGGAACGGGAGAUGUAUUGACGUGGAUGAGUGCCUUGUGGAGGGGACUUGUGCUCACGGACGGUGUGUCAACUUUGAUGGCUCCUUCCGUUGUUCCUGCUACCGGGGCUAUGAGGUGGCACCUGAUGGAAAGAGCUGCCAAGACAUCAAUGAAUGCACAGCCCAGGCUCCCUGUCCCUCUGGACUCUGCCUCAACACGGAGGGCUCCUACUCCUGCAUGGCUUGUGACGCCGGCUACACUGUUUCCAGAGAUGGCAGCACAUGUGAAGAUAUGGAUGAGUGUGAGGACCCUGCUGUUCAGUGCCUGGGGGGAGAGUGCAGGAACACCCCGGGCUCCUACGAGUGCCACUGCCAGGUUGGCUUCGAGCUCAUCAACAGCACCGUGUGCCAAGAUGUGAACGAGUGCCUAAACAGUGAGACCUGCAGCCCCAAUGGUGAGUGUCUCAACAGUCACGGAUCCUACUUCUGCAUUUGUGCUCCUGGCUUCUCAAACGCGGCUGGCGGACCCAGCUGCCAAGAUGUGGAUGAAUGUGCAGACAAGUCCCGAUGCUCAGAAGGCCAGUGCCUGAACACAGAAGGUUCCUACAGGUGUCUGUGUGAAAAUGGGUUCAAACACUCCCAGGAGACUGAUGACUGCGUGGAUGUGGAUGAGUGUAAAGAAUAUGGGGAUGCCAUCUGUGGCACGUGGCGGUGCCAGAACAGCUUGGGCUCCUACCGGUGUAUCAUGGGCUGCCAGCCUGGCUUCCACUGGACCCCCUUGGGUGACUGCAUUGACAUAGAUGAAUGUGCCAACGAGACGCUGUGCGGGAGCCACGGCUUCUGUGAGAACUCAGACGGCUCCUUCCGCUGCCUCUGUGACCGUGGCUAUGAGAGCUCACCCUCCGGGCACUACUGCGUUGAUGUGAAUGAGUGCGAGCUGAUGGUUGCCGUGUGCGGGACUGCACUUUGCGAGAACGUGGAGGGAUCCUUCCUGUGCCUCUGCCCCAGCGACCAUGAGGAAUACGACACAGAGGCAGGGCAGUGCCAGCCCCGAGCAGCCAUGGAGGGCCCCGAGACACACGCGGCCCACCUCUCUGACAGCACAGAGCGCAAGCAGUGCUACUACCACAUCAGCGAUGUUCGCCUGUGUGACAGCGUCCUGGCCAAGAACAUCACCAAGGAGGAGUGCUGCUGUACUGUGGGGGCAGCCUGGGGUGACAACUGUGAGACUUACCCCUGCCCCAUCCCGGGCACAGUGGAGUACCAAGAGAUCUGCCCUCUUGGGAAGGGCUAUGUUCCCCAGGAAGAUCCACUCUCAGGAAAAGUCUCUUUCACAGACAUGGACGAGUGUGAGAUAUUUGGAUCUGAGUUCUGCCGCAAUGGACAAUGUUUGAACACGGUGCCAGGCUACAAGUGCUUCUGCCGUACAGGCUACUUCUACGAUUCCAGCAGGCUUGAGUGUGUUGACCAGGAUGAGUGUCAGAACGAAGUGUACUGCAUCAACGGCGAGUGUCUGAACACAGACGGCUCCUACCACUGCUUCUGCAGCCUUCCUCUCGUGCUGGAUGCAACCGGCAACCGGUGUAUGAACCUCUCCAGCAGGGCAGAUGCCUUGGAGGAGUAUGAAAUCCACCUGGACGUCUGCUGGCAGACCGUCGCUGACUACAUCUGCCAAGACCUGCUGCAUGGUGAGCAGACUACAUACACCGAGUGCUGCUGCCGGUUUGGUGAAGCCUGGGGCCAGAACUGCGCACUCUGCCCGCACAGGUCCUCCGCUGAUUUUGCUUACCUGUGUAAUGGGGCCAGUGAAGACAGUGAGAGAGGGGCUGAGCUCCGAGAAAGACCUAGGUAUGAGUAUGCACCAGGCUUGGAAGACCCCCACUAUGGCCUUCCCAGCCCUGAUAUGGGCCCCUACUACAACUACCUGGAGUCUGAGUAUGGAAACCCUGAUGCUGGUUUCCCUCGGAGAGAACCCAACAGCGAGUUCCGUGGCAGCCCUCUCCACCAUGGCCCAGGGCAGUCCCCACCCCGCUACCUGCCCAGCCAAACUGGCCUCUACGAGGGCUUUGAGGGGCUGCAGGCUGAGGAGUGCGGGAUCCUCAACGGCUGUGAGAACGGGCGCUGCGUGCGCGUCCGGGAGGGCUACACCUGUGACUGCUUUGACGGCUUCCAGCUGGACAUGACCCGCAUGGCCUGCGUGGUGCAGCUCCCCAAGCCAGCUGAGGCUGCAGGCACUGAACAGGGCAGAUGAAGACCCUCUUUUUCCUUAGGCAUGGUACUUACUCCCUCUCCCAGCAGCCUUAUUGCACGACAUGAUGGUGCAUCUUCUUCAUACAGAACCCAUGGUUUCUGCCUCCCCAAAUGCUACCGGGCAGAACGACUGCCUGAGCUGUUAUUCCUCCUUCUGCAUUUGUGUGCUCUGUGUGCUUUUCGUUGGCCAUAGUGCUUUGCAUUUGCCUUCAGUGAAUUUUGUCUGGUUGAAUUUGGACCACUUCUCUGCUUGAUGAGAAUGAGUCUGAAUCCUGUAAAGUCCUUGCAGCCUGGCAUCACACACAUACAUUUUAUAAGCAUGGAGAUUCUUCCUUCAUCCACCUUAAUGACAACAUUUGGCUGGAGUAGGGGUCUGGACAGACCCCUGCAGACUAUGCUAUAAUGACUUUUAUUGUAACAGCCAGUAAUAUUGCUAAUUAUCUUUGGAGUGCAGCUUUGCAGACCAUUGUGUAAUUGCCACAGUUUAAUCUAGACUGUAUUUUCUCAGUCUGUUUGAGUAUGUCAUGUGGGAGUGUGUUGAAAUCCUCACUGUGGCCAAAGCACAUCAUAUCCACUGUUUGUCCCUUAUCUGACAGACCAGUUAUCAGGUCAGCAAAGGGAACCAGAUUGGCUUAAUGUAAUCAGGCCUUAACAGAUCUGCACCAGCUAUUUAAUGACCCUGAUGAUAUCCUCUGGAGGGUUAUGACCUAAUCACUCACAAACCUGGUCUACUUAAGGGAAUGGGGGUGAGCAGUCUGUAAUUCUGGAUUCUCCCUUCUGUUUUUGAAGAUAGUUACCAGAUUUACCCUUCCUUGGGUCUCUGAGACCUUGUCCAUCUCAGAGAGAACUGCCAACUUUUCCAGGACCGCUGGAGCAUUAAGCAUGUGAAGAUGAGUUGCAGCAAGCCUUUAGCAAUGUGGAUGUAAAUGCUUUAUCUUUACGAUUGUCAAACCUCUCCAUCACAGUGUAGCCUUUCGCUCCCUGUGCUCCUACACCUUCAUUUAAACACUUCAAACAUGGUCUGCACCCUGUCUGGUCAGCACAUGCAUUUUUAUGAUGGCUGGAACAAAUCCCACAUUAGCUGCUUCAGUCAGCUCGGCUGGCUUUUGUUUUCUCUGACGAUAAGGACCAGACUGACAUUCCCCAUUAUUUCCUGCUAACAUAUUUAUGGAGCCUUAGCCUGUUGUCUUUCGUGUCCUGGACUAACUAGCACUCAUUUUACACUGGAGCCUGUCUCGUUUUUUUUUCCUUUCUCCUGCUUGGUGCUUAGUCAUCCCGAUGUUUUUACCUUGCUGACUUUAGAGUACUCCUGCAGCUGCUGCAGUGCUUCCCUUCUCGCCUCCCUGUGCGGGUAGCCUGACUUCAUCCUGCAAAUUGGGCUGCCUGCCCCCACCCCUGCCUGAGUGGGCAGGUUCCAGGACUUGGUGCAUACUGCUAGCACUACUCUACUGCUUCUAGCUUUCAGGUGCCUCUGGGCUCUCCUCUCAAUCUGGUGGUCCAAGGCCAGACCAGCCUGCCUGCUCUUCCCCCUUUUAUCUUCCCCUGGAGCCCCCAGCAAGGCUGCCUGCCAGCCACUUCCCAGGUUGUGCAACACAUCUCCCUUGAUAUGCUGCCUAACAUCUCGUCCUUGGGCUUCUGAGCAAGCCCAUCCUGACCACAGCAAUGUUCUGGUUCUGAGGCUUAGCCCAAGUCCACAGUGUCCAGUCAGCCAUUGCUUUGGCUGCAUACGAAGGCUGCCUUGUUCCUCAGGCUCCCUCAUCUCAUACUUCUCUCCUCCUUGUGACUGCAGUGCUUCCUCCUGUUUGGCUUCCAGCCUCCCUCCCUGGGGUUGCUCUUCCCUUUCUUUGCCAGAUGGCCCCCUCCACCUGUACUAGGAAUAACCCCAGGUCCCUGGGGCAACCAAGCAAUUCAGUCCUUCUGAGGUCCAUCAGUCACUGCUGGGGCCUUCACUUUUCCUUGGGUGGCUGGCUGAACCCAAUAGCUGCUCCCCACUCCUGCUCCUGGCCAAUCUGUGGGGUGUGAGGCUGGAGUUUGUGGUCAGAGGGCUUGGACCUGCCUUGGCAGGUGAGGAUUUGGCAGGUCCUGUGGGUACAAACAAGGUCUCUGGGGUGCACAGUGAUGCUCUGCCCAGCUGGUGACCUCACCACAAAUUGGUGUAGCUCAGGCAGGGAGUCCAUGGAAGUACAUUUAGCAGAGCAGAUCCGUUACAGCAGGGCAGCUGCUGUAGGGCUCAUGUGCAAGCUCUAGCCCAGAAGCAAGCUGGCCGAGUGAGCCCUUUGGCAGAGUUUGCAGGUUAAUAAAACAAGCCUUGUUUGCACAGCAUGAGGUCCCUCUGUGUUCUGGUCCUGGAGGUGAUAAUCGGCCUCUCAGGGCCACCAUCAUCUGCCUCCUCAGCCUCGUCAGAUCAGGAAAGGGCCUUUUCCAAGGCUGGAGGCGGCCUUUUUACGCUAGCACAAUUUCUUAACAGGAAACUGCUAAUCUGAGGUGUG